GCUCUGCCGCGGCAGCCGCGUGGCGUCACUUCCCCCCGCUCGGCCUGAAGGUGGGCGGAAGUGCCUGCCCUCCCCGCCGCUGCCGCCGUCUGUCUCUCUGGUUACGCUUUUUUUUCCCUGGGACCGGGCUUGCCGACUCAAAAAGCGCCCGGCCAACGCCAUGGGAGUCCCGGCUUUCUUUCGCUGGCUGAGCCGCAAGUAUCCGUCCAUCAUCGUGAACUGCGUGGAGGAAAAGCCCAAAGAAUGCAAUGGCGUCAAGAUCCCAGUUGAUACCAGUAAACCUAAUCCAAAUGAAGUGGAGUUUGAUAAUCUAUAUUUGGAUAUGAAUGGAAUCAUCCAUCCUUGUACACAUCCUGAAGACAAACCAGCACCAAAAAACGAAGAUGAAAUGAUGGUUGCAAUUUUUGAAUAUAUUGAUAGACUCUUUAAUAUAGUAAGACCAAGACGACUUCUCUACAUGGCAAUAGAUGGAGUAGCUCCACGUGCUAAAAUGAACCAGCAACGUUCCAGGAGGUUUAGAGCAUCAAAGGAAGGAAUGGAAUCAACUAUAGAGAAGCAACGAGUCAGGGAAGAAAUACUGUCAAAAGGUGGCUUUCUUCCUCCAGAAGAGAUCAAAGAAAGAUUUGACAGCAAUUGUAUUACACCAGGAACUGAGUUCAUGGACAAUCUUGCUAAAUGUCUUCGAUAUUACAUUGCUGAUCGUUUAAAUAAUGACCCUGGGUGGAAAAAUUUGACAGUUAUUUUAUCUGAUGCUAGUGCUCCUGGUGAAGGAGAACAUAAAAUCAUGGAUUAUAUUAGAAGACAAAGAGCUCAACCUAACCAUGACCCAAACACUCAUCAUUGUUUAUGUGGAGCAGAUGCUGAUCUCAUUAUGCUUGGACUUGCUACACAUGAGCCAAACUUUACAAUUAUUAGGGAAGAAUUCAAACCCAACAAACCAAAACCAUGUGGUCUUUGUAAUCAGCUUGGGCAUGAGGUCAAGGACUGCCAGGGUUUGCCAAGGGAAAAACAGGGAGAGCACGAUCAGUUUGAAGAAAGUCUUCCUGCUUCAGAAGGAGAGUUUAUCUACAUUCGGCUAAAUGUGCUUCGUGAGUAUUUAGAAAGAGAAUUAACUAUGGCCAGCCUGCCAUUUACCUUUGAUAUUGAGAGAAGCAUUGAUGACUGGGUUUUCAUGUGUUUCUUUGUGGGAAAUGACUUCCUUCCACAUUUGCCAUCACUAGAGAUUAGGGAAGGAGCAAUUGACCGUUUAGUUAACAUAUACAAAAAUGUGGUACAUAAAACGGGGGGCUACCUUACAGAGAGUGGUUAUGUCAAUCUACAGAGAGUACAGAUGAUCAUGUUAGCUGUUGGUGAAGUUGAGGAUAGCAUUUUUAAAAAGAGAAAGGAUGAUGAGGAAAGUUUUAAAAGGAGGCAAAAAGAAAAAAGAAAAAGGAUGAAGAGGGAUCAACCAGCUUUUGUUCCUAGUGGAAUUUUAACUCCUCAAGCCUUGGGUACAAGAAAUUCACAUGGUUCUCAAGUAGCCAGUAAUCCAAGACAAGCAGCUUUUGAAAUGAGAAUGCACAAUAACUCUAGUCCUUUAACAUCUCCUAAUACUAGUUUCACUUCUGAUGGUUCCCCAUCUCCGGGAGGAGGAAUUAAACGAAAAGCAGAAGAUAGUGACAGUGAACCUGAGCCAGAGGAUAACGUCAGGUUAUGGGAGUCCGGUUGGAAGCAACGGUAUUACAAGAAUAAAUUUGAUGUUGAUGCUGCUGAUGAUAAAUUCCGUCGUAAAGUUGUGCAAUCUUAUGUUGAAGGACUAUGUUGGGUUCUUCGAUAUUAUUACCAGGGUUGUGCUUCCUGGAAGUGGUAUUAUCCUUUCCAUUAUGCACCAUUUGCUUCAGACUUUGAUGGUAUUGCAGAUAUGCCUUCUGAUUUUGAAAAGGGAACAAGACCGUUUAAACCACUGGAGCAACUUAUGGGUGUGUUUCCUGCUGCAAGUGGUAAUUUUCUACCUCCCUCAUGGCGGAAGCUUAUGAGUGACCCUGAAUCAAGUAUAAUUGACUUCUAUCCUGAAGAUUUUGCAAUUGAUUUGAAUGGGAAGAAAUAUGCUUGGCAAGGUGUUGCCCUGUUACCAUUUGUUGAUGAACGUCGUCUGAGGGCUGCUCUGGAAGAAGUUUAUCCUGACCUUACACCUGAUGAAACUAGAAGAAAUAGUCUUGGUGGUGAUGUAAUGUUUGUGGGGAAACACCAUCCACUUUGUGAUUUCCUUUCAGAAUUGUACAAAACAGGUUCCACAGAGGCAGUAGAUUUACCACCUGAACUUUGUCAUGGGAUUCAAGGAAAACUUACUUUACAUAAAGAAGCCAUUCUUCCAGAUCAAAUAGUAUAUUCUCCUGUUCCAGUGUUGCGAGAUCUGACACAGAACACUGCAAUCAGUAUUAAUUUUAAAGAUCCACAAUUUGCUGAAGAUUACAUUUUUAAAGCUACAGUGCUACCAGGAGCAAGAAAGCCUGCCACUGUACUCAAACCUGGUGACUGGGAAAAAUCCAGCAAUGGACGGCAAUGGAGACCACAGCUUGGCUUUAACCGAGACCGAAGGCCAGUUCACUUAGAUCAGUCUGCCUUUAGGACACUCGGUCAUGUCAUGCCAAGAGGUCCAGGAGGUGGACCUUACAGCAAUGCUGCACCACCUGGAAAUUACCAGGGAAAUUUAUACAGGCCAAUGAUAAGAGGACAAACCCAGAUUCCAAAGCUUAUGUCAAUGGAUCUCAACAUGGAAGAAUCCUCUAGACUUCAAAAGAUGAGGAAACUGAGACUCAGAGAGGUUGUCCAUGGUGAUGCAACUAAUAUGAGACCACAUGAUUCCUGGAGAGGCCCUACUCCCCUUUUCCAUCAACCAAGAUUUGACAGAGCUGCAGCUGAACCUCUCUUGCCUUGGAACCGUAUGCUACAAUCCCAAAAUGCAGCAUUUCAGCAAAAUCAAUAUCAACUUCUAGGAGGCCCAGGCGGUUAUCCACCAAGACGUGAUGAUCGUGGAGGGAGACAGGGAUAUGGCCCUGGAAGGAAUUACCCUUUGCCACCUCCCUCAGGAAGAUACAACUGGAAUUAAGCUUUUGUAAAGCUUUCUUAAAUCCUUUCAUCAUUCUACGAUUUUAUGCUGUUUGUGGAAAGGAAGCAUCUUUAUCAAACAGUAGUUUAAGAACUACAAUACUUGAUGUAUUUGUUUUAACCGUGUAUAUUUCUUACAGAUCUGAUUUUCAGUGUUUUAUGUUGCUUUCCAAUUGUGUAAUGCAUAAUACAGUGGAUUUGAAUUUACUACUUUACUUGUGAGAGACAUUUGAUGAAUAGAAGUACUGGUUUUUUUAAUCGUAGUUAAGAAUCAAACUGUAUUACUGUGAAUUUCAAAACAGUGUACACUAGCUCAUCCAAAAUACAUUCUGAUUUUUAAUGAAUGCACAAAAAUUAGGUCUGAACACUUCAGGUAGAGUCUUCAACCAGCUAGAAGACACAUGUUUAAGACAAGCUACUGUUCAAUAUUCCUUUGAAAACACUUCAUUAUUGUAUCUGUCUGAGAAUUUCUGGACCACUUUAGUAAAAAAAAAAAAAAUCAACUUUUAA